UGUGCAUCGUUCCCGCAAGAUCCAGGCAUGGUGGUGCAUGAACCAUGAAGCCCAUCACGUUCGAAUCGAUCCGGAACCUGCUGAAGACGAAAAAGAAACAAAAAGACAAAUCCAACAUCGACCAAAGCUUCAAGCGAAGUGAUUCGUUCAAACGCAUCAGCAUUCGAAAGAGUUAUCUCGAGCGGGGUCGCAAGCGCAAUGCAGCAGCGGUACUUCGCGGAUCGACCAAAAAUCUGGUCAACAUCAACGAGUUCGAGGAUCAGGCUAAGGUUGUUAAAGGACCCGAGAAGCUAAAGCUAAACGGAGAUGGAGAAAACGCUCCGGGGAAAGAUGACCUUGAGGUGCAUGCGUUGGACAAGACAGGUGGGUCCUCUUCCAUCACGAAGAGAGUGUCCCCGCCUGAACUUUCCUUCGAGGAAAAGCUAGAGUCGAACGAUGCGUCGUUGGAUGAAAAGAUUCGUGCCCUGCAGGAGAUCAACGAUCGGUACAUCAAUGAAAAUCGCAAUCUUGUGGAAAAGACGUAUGAGGUCUCCAAAAAGGUAGAGAAGAUCAAGAUUAAAAAACCGCCCAGACCAUCGAAACAGUCGCUCGGUGCGUCCCAACCAGCUCCUAGGAAAUCUCUCGAAAACGAAGUACAAAAUAAUGAUCUCAGCAGCAAGACGAUCACGUCAGCUUCCCAGGAUCGGCUGGUAAAAUCAACGAAAGCACAUGUUCAAGAUUCGCAGGGCAGUACCGGCCGGGUGAAGAAUAUCUCACACGUAAACAUAAACGUUAGUUCGGACGCUAUCCCUGAGGAGGAUGAAGCGAUCGAGGGUAGCGUACGUGGCGGCAAGGGCACCGAGGACACGGCGGACGAUAAGUCGUUCUACAGCAUCAGUACGUUCACGAUCGAAAGCAAUACGCUGACGAACGCGGGCAAUAAUAACACGAAUGCUUCGUCGAAAAAAUCGUUCCGCAGUAGUUUCAGUGCCGGUACGAGCAAAACGGCCACCAACGAGCUACCCACCCUGGUUACGAUCCGUACGUACUGUGAGCCUAACUCCUUGAUGCAAUCCACAACCCAUGUCAACGAGCGGUAUCUGGAGACAAGCUUCGACAAUUGUGUUCCCGAUGAAUCUGAGCACGGUCGGGAAGGUAAGCCACAGGUGGUGAAGGUGGUAAAGGACACGCUAGCACCUGUACCACUGUCCUCCGCUAUGAGCACCGGUGAGCGACAGAGGAGCCCGUCGCGAAUUCCACGGAUUAACACGCAAACGUUUAAAAUGAUACGCAGCAAAUCGAGAGAUGGUAUUGUAAUACGCAUCCCGGCGAUGGAUGGACAAGACACGGAUGGGGUCGAGAACUCGGGCUCAAAGUCAGACAGCGGUGGUCUUAAGGAGCCGGAAGAUAAUCUAAACCGACAGCUGAGCAAUGAUUCCGCGCUCGACUUGAUCGACGUCGACAUCAAGGUGGACGAGAAAGAUUUGCGCCACGGUUUGGGUGGCUCGACGCAAAAUUUGACCGGCACGGUGACGGACGGAACGCUUGAGCUGAAGAACCAAAAGAACAAGUAUCGCAAAAAGGCGAAAAAAGCAACGGCCAGCAAGACGGGUACGCUGGACGUGGAGGAUGCAAAUCAGCAUACCUUUAAGAGCCAUGAAAACUUUGAGCUCCAGCGUACACCCAAGGGCACCGAUCCGACCGCAACCAGUGAGCCGAAGUUUAUCUUUCCGAACAAUUAUUUCGAGGAGGAGAACAACAUUUUCUACGAUCAGACGCUGUACGAUGAGGCCGAGCUACCAUCACCGGAGAAUAGUAUACCGUAUGCGCUGCGGAUCAAGGAGAAUCCCUUCACAAAGAACAAGGAGUUCUAUUCGAUCAAUACCGGCCGCAUCUGGAAGCAGCUUAAUCUUGGCCAGCAUCACGAGGAGGACUCGAUUCUAUCGACUGCAGGGCCACGCUUGGUGCCUCCGCCCAAGGUGAAGAAUGAAUCAUUCAAAUCAAUGUCUUCUCGCGAUUCGGGCUUUAGCUUAACACUAACCAAACCGAAAAAUUUGUUCCGCCGAAAGUCGAAAAAGGCAACACUGCUGCAGCGAAGAAAACCACCAAAGCUAGCCGUCAGCCGGGAUGGGUACUUUAAGCGGGUAAUGGUGGUGCAGCGUAACUCCUCGAAGCGAAAGAAAUCCAUCCGCAAGCAACGCGUCGCCGGAAAGGACAUUUUCCGCGAGUUGUACGAUGAAAACUGGAGCAAGCUGGGCGAUGACUUCACUGCCGAACCGCCAAGUACGGAAACACUCGAACCGGAAGCACCUGACUUUGCGCGUGACUUUGAAAACUUUUGCAAUGAUCGCCGGUACAAUCAGGAAAUACACGAUCUGGAAGCAUUCUACGAGGAACAUCUGAAGCGCUUGCGGCAUUACUACAUUCAGAAGAAGAAGAUGAACGAAGCGGCUAUAAAGGAGUUUUACCGGGAUUACGGAGCAGGUCGGGCUGCAAUACUCGGAUCGGAUACCGCGAACGUCGGUGGGACAGCUGCCGGAACAGGCCUGCCCGCUGGCGAGGAGCAGGAUGAAGAGAAUGACUACUAUGACACGUUCAUAGUGACGAAGAAUGAAACGAUCCGCUUCAAAAACAACGCACUGCAGCAGCGGUACUUUCAGCAGACGGAUGCCGGACUGGAGUUUAUGUUUCCCCACCCAGACAAGCGCAAAAGUGGUGCCGGCGGACCAGGAGGUUCCACCGGGCAGGGGAAAUCGCUCAAAGCCGGCAAAUCUGGCACCGGUAGUGCCCACUCGACAACGACGGCUAGUAGUCGGAAGCAACUUUUUCACGAAGUUCGCCCAUUCGGAAGCGCUCUGGAACCACUGACCGGUGUCGGUGGUGGUGCACACUACACCGAGGAGGAGUUCCUGCGGAACGACUCGAGUCUGCUUAGCAAGCGCAACCAGUCGGUACUUGUUAACCGAUACAAGGAGUCACCAGCGUUCGUCUACAAGCGCUCGAUUUCUGCACCUUUCGGUGACUCAAACUUUCAGCUGACAACUGGCCCCGGGGAUGAGCUAAAACGGAUACGAUCGUCCGGUGCGAUUCAGAAUGAAAUUUCUCUGGCAAAUGUGUUCCCAUCAGUGAACGGGGAUAAGGCUAGCAGUGCGCUGCGCCAUCGCUAUAUGGGGAAAAACAACGAUGGUGAAGAUAAUGAUGAGGAUGCCGAGGAUGAUGAGGAGGAGGACGAUGAAGAGUUCAGUGAGAAUGAGUUCUUGAUCAACAGCUUGGGUGAUAAUUUAUAUUGCACGCGAUGUGACAAAAUGAACAGUGAUUGUGAGUGCUUCGAAGGGUCGGAUUCUGGGACGCCUAAACGGAAGGACUCGGCUCGUCCAAGCCGUCCACGAUUGAAGGGUGGUGUAAAGCGUAUGUUCGGUCCAAACGGUGAGGUAGCGAUCAUUGGUGAGCAAGGAGAUGACGUGCGGGAUAAGCAAUCGCGUGCCAACGAGAACGGUGCGCAAGACGAUGAAGAUGAGGAGGAUGAUGAGGACGUAGAGGAGGAGGAAGUGGAUGAGAAUGAUGAAAAUUACUGUGAUGUGUUUGAUUACAACGAUAUCAACAUCAUACACGUGAACCACAAGAAGAAAGUGAAGCGAAAAAAGUCCAAAAAGCGUACCGUGCGGAAAAAUCACUCGACGUUGCGGCGUGGCAGCUACUGGGGCGACAUUACUCAAAAAGGAUACGAAAAGAAGCGAACAAGACUCUUGCAGCCAUAUCUGUCCAAAAAUGUGCAGCACGGGAGUGGCUCUGGUGGUGGUGGAGGAGGAGGAGGAGGUGGAAGUAACCCCGGUUACGUCAAUGACAUCCAGUCGCAUCUGCAUCAUCCAGCAUCGCAGCAGAAGCAGAACAUCUUUGCCUCGUCGGGCAGUGGUGGUGGUGGUGGAGGAGGGGGAGGUGGUGGUGGUGGGAGUAGGGACAGAAAUGAUCGAACCAGCAGUGGCAGUGGGGGUGGUGGUGGUGGUGGCACACAUCAUCACCAUUCCUCGUCCCAUCAGCAACGGGAACAGCAGCAACUGCAACAGAAUCGCACGCGUCGCAGUACGCAACGCAAAGUGACGCACAACGAGAAGCGCUAUCACUCAGCGACGGGACGACCCGAUGUGCUUCAGCCGGAAGAACUGCUCCGGCCCGCGAUCGCCCCAAGCUCGGGAAUCCCGGUGCAUCAGCACCAGCAUCUGCUACGCCAACGACACGCACUGCUCACCACAACACCUUCAUCCGGUUCCACAUCCUCGGGUGGCGUUAGUAGCACCGGACGAUCGGAAUCGAUCCCACCUCCCGCAACCAGUACGGUCGUGCCAUCGUUGAGUGGGGUGCAGCACACCCCACAACAGCAACAACCCGGACUGUACUCUAGUGCACUGGUUGCGGCCGCUGCCGAUGCACUGUUCAAAGCGAUGCGCAUCGCCCCGCAACCAUCGGCAGCCACGGUUGCCGCCGUACCGGACACCGCUGUGAUAAUGCGCCCGAAAGCGUAUCCUGAGCCUGAGAUGGUGGUGGGCAGUGCGCCACCGGAUCCUGACGCGGAUCGGACAAGUAAUAAUUCGGCGAAUGGUGGGCCGACCGAUGGGAAGAAUAGUAGAAAUAAUAGAAGAAUCGGACGGCACGAGAGUCGCUACACCAGUGAAGUACGCCAGGAAGCGGUACAACAAGCAUUAGCUGCACUCAAAAAUCGCCCCAAACCUAGCUUGCCAAUGCCAUCCAAACGAAGCUCGGUGCUUAACCGCAGUCCCGAGCGCGAUCAUGACGAUUCAGACUCCAGUACGGAAGAUGAAUCCAUACCGGAGGAAGGUUUGCUGGGAAGAAUAUCCACACCGGACCGGGACAACUACAAUCUACCCCGUGAUCACAUACUCACACGGGAACCGAUGAAGCUGCCCUCGUCCCGGGACCAUCACCAUUCGCAGCCCCAACCACUGCCGCAGCCGCCCCAAAAGCAAUCGUCCCAGCACGGUUCGCAACAAACCCACCUCGAACGGCGACCGCCUCAAACGAUCCCGACGCAGCCAGCGAACACACAGCAUGCGACCCUAUCGGACACGUCUAGUGCCGGUUCACCACCGGCCGUCCACCGGAAUCACCAGUACCAGAACAAACCGUCGAGCUACGAUAUUACCGAUCUGAACGAUUUUCAACCACACCAGCGUACACCGUACGCUGCACCGGACAUAACACAGUUCAGCGCCAACACACGGCGCGGUGCGGAUCGGGUAACGCGCUACGUUAAUCUGGCAAAUCAAGAACCGGGUGACACGAGCACAGCGGGCCGGUGGAAGGUUUCGGCCAAGAUUCAGCAACUGCUGAACACGUUGAAACGCCCGAAACGAAGACCACUGCCCGAGUUUUACGAGGACAAUGAUAUCGAGCUAGAAAUUGCUGCCAAUCCGAAAGAUCCAAAUGCACCGAAACCGGAAGGCAGUGUCAUGACACCGGUCCAGGGCGAACAGUUGAUCGUGCCGUCGGGAUUGCCGCGCACUCUCGAAGCGGCCCUGCAGCGGUACGGUACGAGUUCGUUCAAGGCACCGAUGGCUACGGUGCUCGAUCCCAACGGCAAGAUGACAACAACGCUUACCUAUGGGAAGCUGCUAUCACGUGCGCAAAAGAUAGCUUACGCGCUCUCGACGAAGGUCUUCAGUAAGGGACCGGAACAGGUAUCGCUCAAGCCGGGCGAUCGUGUCGCGCUGGUCUAUCCGAACAGUGACCCACUGAACUUCCUCACCGCUUGGUACGGUUGUAUGUUCCGUGGGCUCGUUCCACUCCCAAUAGAACUGCCACUGUCGAGCUCGGACUCACCACCGCAGCAGGUUGGAUUUUUGCUCAGCUCGUGCGGGGUCCACGUUGCUCUUACCUCGGAAGCAUGUCUGAAGGGUCUCCCGAAGUCGUCCACCGGUGAGGUGGCGAAGCUCAAGGGCUGGCCACGAUUGCACUGGUUCGUGACGGAGCAUUUGCCGAAGGUGCCGAAAGAUUUCAACACCAACAAUAAUCGCAUCAGUGAAGACUCGAACGCGUACAUUGAGUACACCACGGACAAGGAGGGUAGCGUUAUGGGCGUAACGGUAACGCGCCAAGCAAUGAUCAACCACUGCCGAGCGCUCACGAUGGCCUGCCACUACACGGAAGGGGAAACGAUCGUGUGCGUGCUUGACUUCAAGCGCGAGGUCGGUCUGUGGCACAGCAUUCUUACGUCGGUGUUAAACGGUAUGCAUGUACUGUUUAUACCGUACGCUCUGAUGAAGUUACGGCCUUCAUCGUGGAUGCAGCUCAUCACCAAAUACCGAGCGUCCUGCUGUCUGGUGAAGAGUCGAGAUCUUCACUGGGGUCUGUUGGCAACGAAGGAUCACAAGGAAAUCUCGCUGUCCUCGCUUCGGAUGCUGCUCGUAGCGGACGGUGCCAAUCCAUGGUCACUUUCCAGCUGUGAUCAGUUCUUGAGCGUAUUUCAAUCGAAGGGUCUCCGACCAGACGCAAUUUGUCCGUGUGCAAGCAGCUCAGAAGUGUUUACCGUGUCACUGCGUCGACCAGGACGAUCGGCAGCUGGUGGCUAUAACCAGUCGGCAACUGGUCGAGGCGUUCUAUCGAUGUCAGCACUGUCCCAUGGUGUGGUCAGGGUUGACAGUGAAGAUUCGCUCACAUCACUCACGUUGCAAGACUGUGGUCAGGUUAUGCCUAGUGCUACAAUGGUUGUGGUCAGUGCUGAUGGGCCUCCGGUUCUCUGCAAAACGGAUCAAGUCGGUGAAAUCUGCGUCACUUCCGGUUCGAGCGGAACGGCGUAUUACGGCUUGGAAGGAAUGACAAAUUCCACCUUUAAGGUUCAACCACUUCUUGAGGCACCCGUCACGAAGGACGGCGAAACCAUUCCGGGCAAACCGAUCGGCGAUGAAACGUAUGUGCGCAGUGGCUUGCUCGGAUUCCUCGGUCCCGGUGGACUUGUGUUUGUGUGCGGUUCGCGGGACGGGCUGAUGACCGUCACAGGUCGUAAGCACAACUCGGACGAUAUUAUCGCGACGGUACUGGCCGUCGAACCGAUGCGCUUUAUCUAUCGCGGUCGUAUUGCCGUGUUCAGCAUUAAAGUGUUGCGUGACGAGCGUGUUUGUGUUAUUGCCGAACAGCGACCUGACUGCUCGGAGGAAGAAUCAUUCCAGUGGAUGUCCCGGGUGCUACAGGCGGUCGAUUCUAUCCAUCAGGUCGGUAUCUACUGCCUGGCCCUUGUACCACCGAAUCAUCUGCCAAAAACGCCCCUUGGUGGUAUCCAUCUGACUGAGGCGCGUCGACGAUUCCUCGAAGGUUCGCUACAUCCGGCCAACGUGCUGAUGUGUCCACAUACCUGCGUAACUAAUCUUCCAAAACCGCGCGAAAUUCACCACGGCUCUAUCCAACAACUUCAAAUUUCCGGAACAUCAUCCUCAUCCUCUGCCACGAACAUUGGCGGCGUUGGUGGACUUGGUGGCACGGGUGGUACCGGUACCGGUGGUACGGGCACGGCUGGCGUCGUCGGCGGUGCAGAUGCCUCCGUUGGUCCGGCUUCGGUAAUGGUCGGUAAUCUGGUGCAGGGCAACAGGCUUGCCUCUGCCCAGGGCCGCGAUAUAGGUCUGGCCGACGAUAACGAACGUAAGCAUCAGCUUAUUACAGGCGUGCUGCGAUGGCGUGCAAACUCAUCACCUGACCACGUCCUGUACACGUUGCUCAACUCGAAGGGUGCGGUCGCCAAAACGCUCACCUGCUCCGAACUGCACAAACGGGCGGAAAAGAUAGCCGCCCUGCUGCAGGAACGUGGCAAGGUGAAUCCGGGUGAUCAUGUGGCGCUUAUCUUCCCGCCCGGACUCGAUCUGAUCUGUGCGUUCUAUGGCUGUCUGUAUCUGGGUGCUGUGCCGGUAACUAUCCGGCCACCGCAUCCGCAGAAUCUCAUCACCACGCUACCGACCGUGCGGAUGAUCGUGGAUGUCUCCAAGAGUGGCAUCAUCCUGUCGAUACAGAGCAUCAUCAAGCUGCUGAAAUCGCGCGAAGCGGCCACAUCUAUCGAUCCAAAGAGCUGGCCAACCAUACUAGACAUCGAGGACAACCCGAAAAGGAAGCUGGCCGCAAUCGCUAAUAGUACGCUAGAUUCGACGGCCUAUCUGGACUUCAGUGUGUCUACCUGUGGUCGGUUGAGUGGCGUUAUCAUCACGCAUCGAUCACUAUCGAGUCUCUGUGCCAGUCUGAAGCUUGCCUGCGAGCUAUACCCUAGUCGUCAUGUAGCACUCUGUCUCGAUCCGUACUGUGGCCUUGGCUUCUCCAUGUGGACUCUGAUCAGCGUCUAUAGCGGUCACCAUUCGAUACUGAUUGCACCGUACGAGGUGGAAGCCAAUCCUAGUCUCUGGUUGAGCACACUGUCCCAAUACCGCGUGCGGGAUACAUUCUGCUCGUACGGCGUAAUCGAGCUGUGCACCAAAGCGCUCAGCAACUCCAUACAGGCACUUAAACAGCGCAACAUCAACCUAGGCUGCGUGCGUACCUGUGUGGUCGUGGCCGAGGAACGUCCGCGUGUGCAACUGACGCAACAGUUUUGCAAGUUGUUCCAGGCGCUCGGAUUAAACACGCGCUGCGUAUCGACCUCCUUCGGGUGUCGCGUUAAUCCCGCCAUCUGUGUGCAAGGUGCUAGCUCGGCGGAAAGUGCUCAGGUGUAUGUGGAUUUGAGGGCGCUACGAAACAAUCGGGUUGCGCUGGUUGAGCGUGGCGCUCCGAACUCGCUGUGUUUGGUAGAGUCGGGCAAGUUGCUACCGGGCGUGAAGGUGAUCAUUGCCAACCCGGAUUCUAAGGGACAGUGUGGAGAUUCACAUCUAGGGGAGAUUUGGGUCCAAUCACCGCACAACUCGAACGGAUAUUUCACGAUCUACGGGGACGAAACGGAUUAUAACGAUCAUUUCAACGCGAAACUGGUGACGGGCUGUUCAACCAACGAUACGUGGGCCCGUACCGGUUACCUUGGGUUCCUGCGGCGCACCGAAUGUUCCCAGGCCGGCUCAAUACUGGAUGAAACCACACCGAGCAUAGCUAGUCGCGAUUCGGAUACCGAAUCAAUUCAUUCGCAGGGUCACAACACACUAAAUUCAACGACCAGUUCAAACGCAGGCAAUACUGUGGCCACGGUCGGUGCGGGUAAUGAGCAGGAGCUGCACGAUGCCGUGUACGUAGUCGGCGCACUGGAUGAGGUGAUUACGCUGCGCGGCAUGAACUACCAUCCGAUCGACAUCGAGAACUCGGUACUGCGAUGCCACAAGAAGAUCGCCGAGUGUGCCGUCUUCACCUGGACCAACCUGCUGGUGGUGGUGGUCGAGCUGGACGGAAACGAAUCGGAAGCGCUCGAUCUAGUGCCGCUCGUGACGAAUACUGUUCUGGAGGAACAUCAGCUGAUUGUCGGUGUGGUCGUUGUUGUCGAUCCUGGCGUUGUACCGAUCAACAGCCGCGGUGAGAAGCAGCGGAUGCAUCUGCGGGAUGGUUUCCUUGCCGAUCAGCUCGAUCCGAUCUACGUUGCUUACAACAUGUAAGCGCCCACGUGUGAUAGUAUGACGACAGAAU